CGCCGCUGUUCCUCUACGGCGCCGUCUCUCCACGCCGGUGAGUCAGCGCGGGCCGGUGGCGCCCGCCCGCCCCCCGCGGUGAGUCGGCGGCGGCGCCGCGGGUCAUGCUCAGGCAUGUCGGGCCGGGCCGGGCCGCGGCGGAGCUAAGCCCUGACUUGCCUCCUCUGGGCAGCGCUAUAUAAGGCCCGGCCCGGCCCGGCACAGACACCGCCGCCGGAGCCCAGCGUGCGGGCUGGAGCAGGCACCGAGGCAAAUGUGCAAUACCAAGAUGUCCUCCCUUACGGAUCCCGCUGCCGCCGCUUCGGAGCAAGAGGCGCUGGUUAAACCAAAGCCACUGCUGUUAAAAUUGUUAAAGUUAGCUGGUGCUGAAAAGGACACUUUUACUAUGAAGGAGGUAAUAUUCUAUAUUGGACAAUAUAUUAUGUCUAAGCAAUUAUAUGAUGAAAAACAGCAGCAUAUUGUACACUGUGCAAAUGAUCUCCUGGGGGAGUUAUUUGGAGUAACAAGCUUUUCAGUAAAAGAACACAGGAGGCUAUAUUCAAUGAUUUCCAGAAAUCUGAUAGCAAUCAAUCAACAAGACUCUACCCUUGGCGACACACCUGAGGAUGAUGCCACAUCUCAGCUUGAAGAAGAAAAUGUUGUUAAGGAAUCUAGGCAAGAGUUAGAAGAGAACCAGACUUCAUCAAGCCUGACUUCCCAACCAACUACAUCUUCUAGGAGGAGGACACACAGUGAAUCUGAAAAAAGUUCUUCAGAUGACCUGCACAGUGACAGAAGAAAGCGACACAAGUCAGAGAACAUUUCGGUGACAUUUGAUGAAAGUCUCUCAUGGUGUGUAGUCAGUGGUCUGUGCCGUGAAAGAAGCAAUAGCAGUGAUUCAACAGAUUCUCUUUCCAUUCCUGAUCUCGAUGCUAGUUCAUUAAGUGAGAACUCAGAUUGGUUUGACCAUGGUUCUGUAUCAGACCAGUUCAGUGUGGAGUUUGAAGUUGAGUCUAUUUAUUCAGAAGAUUACAGCCAUAAUGAAGAAGGGCAGGAGCUCACUGAUGAAGAUGAUGAGGUUUAUCAGCUGACUAUUUACCAGGAUGAAGAUAGUGAUGCUGAUUCAUUUGAUGAAGAUCCAGAGAUUUCUCUAGCUGAUUAUUGGAAGUGUCCCGAAUGCAAUGAAAUGAAUCCUCCGCUUCCACGGCAUUGCCACAGAUGCUGGGCCCUUCGUGAGGAUUGGCUUCCAGAUCAAAAGAGUGAGAAACUGGAAAAGAGCAAAUUAGAAACCUCCUUUCCUGCAGAGUCUGGAGAAGGUUUUGAUGUUCCUGAUUGCAAGAAAACAAAAAUGACUGAAGACAAAGAACCAGCUGUGGAUGAGAAUGAGGAUAAAUCAGUACAGCUUUCUGAGUCCCAGGAAAGUGAAGGCUAUUCCCAGCCAUCAACAUCAAGCAGCAUGUUCUGUAGCAGUCAGGAGGACUUCAAGGAACCUGAGAAGAGAGAAAUGCAAGACAAAGAGGAAAGCAUGGAGUCCAGUCUGCCUGUUACCAGCAUAGAGCCGUGUGUCAUAUGUCAGAGCAGACCUAAAAAUGGCUGCAUAGUGCAUGGCAAAACGGGACACCUGAUGUCAUGUUUUACCUGUGCAAAAAAGCUCAAGAAGAGGAACAAACCCUGCCCAGUGUGCAGACAGCCCAUACAAAUGAUUGUGCUAACUUAUUUUAGUUAGACAUGUGUUGACUGGAAAGCAGCCAAAGAAACUUCAGAAACUGGUUAAGAGAGUAAGAAAUUAUUUUUGUAUGCUUAUUGGAAAGUUAAUAUUUUGUGUCUCUUUGCAUUCUGUGAAAAAUAAUUGCUGACAUAACUGCACUGGAGUUAUUAAGAGGUUUGCCUAAUGCUCAGAAGUCAACUUGGAGAUUUUAAAUCCCUCUCAGUAAAAGUAACCAGGUCCUCUAAACCACCUCCUCUCCAAGUGUUUUAAUGUUCCAUGCAAGUUAGUGGCAUUUGUUUUAUUGAAUUAAAUACAUGCAUUAAAACCCCAAAUUCAAUAAUUGUUGGAGGAGAGACAUGUUGAAGUGUGUAUUUCUGCAAAUUCCUCAUUUAAGAAAAUAUAUGAUUAUCCAGGUUCCAGUUUUUGUUGCUUGGUGAAAACAUAAGGCUCAGUCAGACUCCUCUGCUUAUGUGCAGCAUGAAACAAGUCUCAACAGACAAGAUAAAUGAAGGAUAUGCUAUGAGCUCUCAUGUCAGGUAGUAGUAGGGGACAGUUGUUUUCUUUUUCUGCACUUGUUUCUGACUUAGCAGAAUACAUUCAGCUGCAUUGCUGCAUUCACUGUAAUAAAAAUAGAAAAGAAAUUCCCCUUCACCUGUAGAAACACUUAAGCUUGCAGUUCCAGUUCACAUUCUUUAAGUGCAGUAGUCUUUCCAACUCACUGUUCUUAUCUGUAUCACGAGAAUUCUGAAAAUUUUUUGCAAGGUGCUUGGCCAAUUCAAAGUUGGUCUUUUUAGACCUGUCCUUUACUGCUUUUAGUUCUUGUCUCCUCACUGUACUUUGUCAAAUACUUGGUGAAACUUACCAGUUCUGUGCCCAGGGAGUCUGCUGCCUGCCUCAGUUCUGGGGGCCUUAAGGCAAGGUAGAGUGUGGGAGCCAGGAUGCAGUAAAAUUCACUCAGCUGCCUUUCACAUGGAGUUUCUGUACCCUGCGAGUGAUACUUACUUCUUUGGAAAACUAUGUUACAAGAACACUUGUAUAUUUUUGGUACCUUUUAUUUUCACAUGUGGCUGCUGAUUGUGUGACCAGUGGGGUAUGGCAGAUAAACAGGGGAGUGCCAAGAGUGGAGAUGUAGUCCAAGUGCAGGAAUUGGGCAGCGUUACCAUCUUACAGGCUAAGGCUCAACUGCUUCCCCAACACCAGCAGUAUAAAAUUGCUGAUGCCUGUGAGCCGGCACAGAGACUCCUCCUGCUCUCCUUAACUGCAGGGCUGCAAAUGCCUGAAAGUACUCAGGAAAAGGACAUAAGGAGAUACAGGAAAGACUUAGUAAAUCUUUGAUUGUGACUUGGUUGAAAAGUAGUAACUUUAUAGGUAAAGACUGAAUUAUUGAGAUCAUUCACAUUUUGUUCAUACUUUUUUUUUUUUUUAGUUAUUUUGUUGCUAGUGAAAGAAAGUGGUGCAUCCAAGUUCUAACACAGUUCAUUUUAAGUAUACAAAAUAUAAACUCCAGUUGUAUUCAUUCACGUUCUUACUUGCAAGUUUCUUGCCUCCUGCAAUUUGGACAGGGACAUCAGGUAGCUUGAAGUUUUGGAAGUUUUUUUGAUCAGCAGAAACCUUUCAUGGUUUUUAUAGGAUUUGAUAAUCCUUGAGCCUCAGAUAGCUAGUUUUUGGGCAGAUAGCUAGUUUUUUCAAAGAGAGAUGCUAUUACAGAGCUACUUGCCUUACUUUGCACUUCCUAUUAAUGGUUUUUUUUUUAAUUUUUGAUUUGAUAAACUUAGGUGCUAUGAGGCUUGCAGAGGCUCUUCAUUGCACCUGCAGGUGAGAGAUAAUUAUAGAUGUGUAUAUGCAGAAGCAUCAACAACAUGGGAAUUGUACCUAAAAAGUUUCAUCUUGUUCUUAUGAAGCUUUGUCCACUGCAUUGUCUCCCGUGUCUCCCCCUGUCUCAGCACGAUGCCUUCUCUGCAGGGGCUGGCCUGGCUGUGUAACUGCAUGCUGGGGGAGCAGCUGCCCUUGACUUCUUCCUGUUGGGACAAAUUGUGCCAUCCCUCUCAGCAAUCCUUUCCAGUCACGUGCCUUCUGUUGCAGAGAAUAGCUCUGGAAAUACCUUCCACUCGCUCCAAUGGGGAGGAAAUGGGCCAUUUUCAUUUCUGCAUCUGCAAAUCACUGUGUCGAGUAUUUUGGUUGGAGUUACAUUCUAUGGCCUAAUAUUAUUCUUAAUGACUUCUAGUGCAACUUUGAAUUGUUUGGUGUGGGUGCAUGCCUUCCAAGUGGAAGUGAUGGGAAUUGAUGCCUGUUCCUGCAGGGGACACUGGCAGGCCAGUGCAGUGCAGGGCUGGUGCCCGGGGCUGUGGCACAGUGGCUCCUGUGGGGACUGCUUGGGCUCUGCCUCCACCCUGUCUCCUGUGUGGGCACAAGCAGUGAGCACCCUGCUUGUUCUGGCCCUUAAACGCUGGUACAAAACGUCAGAGAUCCUCAUGCAAUAUCCUACACCUUUUAAUCAAUAAUUUAUUGCUGUUUGUAAAUAUACUUGUGCUCACAGUUGAUGUUUUGAGCUCUAAUUUAUUGAAUUAGUCUACUGCUACAUGUCUAGUUAUAUAAAUAUGCUUAUUUAGUAAAUCACAGGCACAAGAGGACUAUUUUAAGAAAUGUAGCAUUAAAAUUCAGAGAAAUACUCGUAUUAUAUUGAGAAGGGAGAUUUAUGUCUAUGGGGUUUUUUUCCUUCCCUUAAAACAACUUCUGCAUUGAACCUGAACAAGGUUUAUUGAAUAGAGAAGGUGCUGGUCCAACCUCAGCUUAGUGAAAAUAUUUUGGUGGUGUUUUGCUUUCCUUUGGAAUGCUUUUGCAUCCCUCAGUACAGGCAAGGAGCUGACUGACUGCUUCUGGGUGCUGGUAAGGUUGGGGUGAUGGUCCAGGAGAUACAGGAUGAUGAUGAGCGGCUUUCAGGUUAAUUUGCAAAGGUGCAAAUGGCUUUUGCCUUUGGACACGACCAUGAAGGUUGCAGGAUGCAACCUAUUUUUUUUUAGAAAGUACAAUAAACCUACUUUUUGCUUAAAUACAAGUCUUUAACUAUUUACCUAUUUGUUAGUAUUGCCAUUAUGUUAGUAUUGCAAUCCACCUCACACCAGCAGGAUCGUGGGCUGUGCCAUCCUGUGCCUCUCCCCUUAGAAGAUGAUUUAGAAAAGAUAAAGGUGCUUCAAAAUGCUCACUGAUGAAAAGCUUACAUUCCUUUUAAGAGUGUGGUACGAUUUUAUCAGAGUUCUGUUUGCUGUACAUUUGUUCAAAUGUUGCUGUCUCUGAGGCAUCUGUGGGUAUGAAGAUUUUUUUCAGAUUUUUUCUCUUAUGACUAAUAUGAGGAAGAGAAAAAUUCCUCGUUCUUACAGAGAGUGUCAACAAGAAGAAUUGUUUCAGAAAAAUGUAUCUUAGAAAAGAGAGAUUAGAAAAUUAUUAAGACCCUAAUGAAACUGAAUAAAUAGGAUGGAAAUAGGGGUGAAGAUUUUUUUCUUCUCCAUCUUAAUCUAAGGCUGCUGUUUUGUUGGGGUGUAACGUUAGGUAGAGUUUAUAAUUUUAAAGCAGGUAAUUUAUUCAGCACAUUAACUUAGCACACACAUGGUGGGGCAGGAGUUAUCCCUUAUCCCAGGAAGGUGCAGCAUUUUGUUGUGCAGCGUUUGGCCUGAAAAGGGGCAUUUGCUGUUGUGAGGUUUCCCUGUGGGGAGGAUUAUAUUGGGCAGUUGGGGGACUUGAGGAGAGGCAGCGUUGUCAUGGAGGGGCUGUAGGGCAGCCUUGGUCCUCGCUGGAGCAUCAGCCCUCUCCUUUCCAGGGGAUUCCCUGCCCUGCCCUGCCUUUCCAGCUCCUCCACACCGGAGUCCAAGGCACAGCUUGUGCUUUAAACGUUGCACAAGCAAAGCACAAAACCCAGCUUGAGGUUUUAAUAGUGGAUUGCACUUAUGGAACAUGAAAAAUUGUUGCUUUUAACUACAGUGUGGGGGUUUAUUUAGGGUUUUUUUUUUUUUAGCAUAGAUGCACUGAAAGCUUCAAGUGAAUGGUUCUUUGGUGUAUCUAGACCUAUAUUAUACAUGUGAAAUUUGUCAGUGAUACUUAAAAAGGUGGUGGCUCCCCUUUUGAGUAGAUAUUUUCAGCUUAACAGCCUACUUUUAAGGGAUGGUUCUUGGUCUUGAGCCACAGUAGUGGCUGUCAGGAUGAUGACUAAUUUAUACCUAAAAUACCAAUAGCUUUUCUAAAACCAGAGUCUUUGUUGUCUGACUACACAUAGCUGGGAUGACUGUUGAAUAGAGUAGCUCAUAGAGAAUUUAAAUAACUAUGCAACAUGCUUUCAAGAGCUUGACCUGGUGCAUUACUUUCCAGCUACCCAGUGCUUGUAUGACCACAGUCAGUAAUCAUUAAAAUGCAAGUAUCCACUCCAAUUGCACACCGUAUAGACCCAUUUAUGAGGAGUUCCACGUGUCUUGCAUUUAUCUUUCAGUUUUCAGUUUUUCCUUUUCUGAUGAAAAUUGAGUACUGUGUUCCAUUUAAAAGCUUUAAAUAAAGAUUUGUUUAUAUACUC